AUGUUUAGUCUCGAUUCUGCUUGGUGGGAAAAAAUCAAACGGGGAGAAGAAUCUACUAAAGAUAGAGAAUGUGAUAAUACAAGCAGAUUUGAAUUAAAUCAACUUACCGAUGAUGAAGCUUUCACUUUUAAUGUUGAACAGAAAAAACGUUUUAAAAGACUGAAUAGCAUAGAAAAAAAGGCAGAUGAAUUGCCUGAUGAAUCUAAAAUUAGGAACCCAUCUCCUCUGAAGCUAAUACUAUCGGAUGAUGGUAAUGCUCCCACUCCCAAAGAUUCUAAUGAUGAUGAUUUAGAAUUAGAAGAAAGUGAGGACGAAGAUGAUGAAGAUUCGGAAUUAGAAGAAAAUGAUGAUUUGGAUGAUGCAAUAGAUGAAGUGGAAAUUCGCAAUAAAUUGCUCAAUAUAUUGAAUUGGAAGCCAACCUCCGAAUUUACACAAUAUAUUGAGCAAUUUACUGAGGAUGUAUGUAUUCAAUCCGAAAUUCCAACAAUUGUGCGCAAAUCAUUUGUAUCCGGAAGAUUUGAGCCCUAUUAUCAUGAAGCACACGAUAUAGCCCAACAGAUAUUAACGCAUUUUACAUGUAAUCGAACAUUAUCAAUUAAAAAAAAAGAUGAUCUUACUCCAGUUGUAAGUUAUGGACCUAUGGAACAUCUUCAAAUGGAUCUUGUGGAUUUUACAGCAUACAAAAAUGAUAAUGAUGGCUUUGCUUGGCUUCUUACGAUU